AUGAGCGGCCAUUUUAAAAAUGGUGAUAGCGGAGGCUUGCUUUUAUGUGUGCGUGCGUGUGUUUGCGUCUUUCCCUCCACAUAUCCAACUUCCAUUAUAUCGAUACUUUUUUCCCUAUCCUACAUUUUCACUCUCUUUCUCUCUCUCCCUCUUUCCCACUGUCUCUCUCUCUCUCUCUCUCUCUCUCUCUCUCUCUGUGCUUUUCCCUCACUACUUCCCUAUUUCAUUCUCUCUAUAUGUUUUUCUCUCUUAACCCCACUCUCUUUCUCUCUUCGUGCAUUUCUCCCCCUACGCCACUCCCACUGUUUUCUUUCUAUAUUCUUUUUUCCCGCUUUUUCUUUAUGUUUUUCUCCCCCUCUUCUGCCCUCAGUCCUUACUCUAAUCUAUCUUUUUCUCUUUUUCCAUGCUUUACUCUCCCUUAACCUCACUAUAUCUAUCUAUAUAUAUAUACUUUUCUUUCUCAUGCCACUCUCUCUGUCUCUCUGCUUUUUUCAGCCUAUCACAAUCUUUCACUUUCUUCGCUCUCUCUCUCUCUCCCUAUGUUUUUCAGCUACCCCAAUCUUUUUCUCUCCCUCUUACACAUUCACACUCACUCACUCGCCCUCUCUCUUAUUCUCCACUUUUCUCUCUCUACGCAAUUUUCUCUUUCCCUUUACCUCUCUUUCUGUCUUUGCUUUUUCCUCUGCCCUAAUCUUUCUCCCCUCUUCUACUCUCAUACCCAAAUCUCUUUUUCUCUCUUUCCAUACUUCCUCUCUCUCCUACCCACCACUAUCUCCAUAUAUACGUUUUCCCAUCCUACUCGCUAUACUUUUCUCUACCCACCACAGUCUCUCUCUCUUCUCUCUCUCUCUCUCCAUGCUUUUUCUCAGCUACCCAAUCUGUCACUCUCCCUGUAAUCUCUCUCUCUCUCUCUCUCUCUCUCUCUCUCUCUCUCUCUCUCUCUCUGCUUCAUACGUUGUUUCAUGUACCUACAACUUUUUCUUUUUCUCUGUCUUUCUCUCUCUCUCUCUCUCUCACUAUCUCUCUAUUUAUAUAUCUACCUCUCUAUCUAUGUCAUGCAUUAACUCUCACCACCAUCUGCUUAUCACUUUUACCCUUUUUCUUUUUUAUUCAAUCAAUUUUUUCCUUCUUUUUUGCACGCUCAAGAUGAAGAUUUUCACUCGCAGCUGUUUUUUUUCUCGUCAUCAUUGA